UUCACCAUCCCCACCAUCAUUACUGCCCCCGUUACAGCCGCCACCAUCAGCGUCAUGGCUGCCUUAUCAUACCAUCACUGAACUGAUGGAAGAGUCCUCAUGAACCCUCAUACAGCAUGGAGGAAAGACCCAUUGGGAAGGGAAGAAGGAGGAGGGCUCUCCUGCUUUCUAGGAACGCAGGGGAAAAGGUCAAGAAGCGCAGGCCCUGCCACAGCCCUGCAUGGUCCCAAACGCCAACCCUGCUGGAGACAGUGUCUCCCAGCCUGCGUCUGAGCCUCCUUCCCCUCCGUCCUCCCGCACCCACAGAGAACGGGUCUCCAUCAGGUGGGGCCCUCGUGGUUUCCCUGUGCCAGAGGCAACCGUGGAGAGAGAAGCCCAGGAGGGGAGGGGCAGGGAGGGGCAGAACCCUGGCUGCACCACAGGAUUGGCUGACUUGUGUCCGCACAGCCAGCCGCUGACUAGAAGGUUUCUCAAAGAGACAGUGACCUCAGCCGCUGCCCUGAGCUCAGCCCAUCUCAGCCAUGCGGCGGGCACCCCGUGGGCAGAGCGGGCCCCAGGGGCCAUCCUGAAGCAGGGGAGAGGUGGGAGGAGGCCACCAGACCCCGUAGGGGCACCAUGGACAAGUUCCGGAUGAUCUUCCAGUUCCUGCAGUCCAACCAGGAGUCCUUCAUGAACGGCAUCUGCGGCAUCAUGGCCCUGGCCAGCGCCCAGAUGUACUCCGCCUUCGAUUUCAACUGCCCCUGCCUGCCGGGCUACAACGCAGCCUACAGCGCGGGCAUCUUGCUGGCGCCGCCCCUCGUGCUCUUCCUGCUCGGCCUGGUCAUGAACAACAACGUGUCCAUGCUGGCGGAAGAGUGGAAGCGGCCCCCGGGCCGCCGGGCCAAGGACCCCGCCGUGCUACGUUACAUGUUCUGCUCCAUGGCCCAGCGCGCCCUCAUCGCGCCCGUCGUCUGGGUGGCCGUCACCCUGCUGGAUGGCAAGUGCUUCCUCUGUGCCUUCUGCACGGCUGUGCCCGUGACUGUGCUGGGCAAUGGCAGCGUGGCACCUGGCCUGUCUCCGCCCGAGCUCGCCCGGCUGCUGGCCCGGGUGCCCUGCCCUGACAUCUACGACGGCGACUGGCUGCUGGCCCGCGACGUGGCCGUGCGCUACCUGCGCUGCAUCUCCCAGGCCCUGGGCUGGUCCUUCGUGCUGCUGACCACACUGCUGGCAUUCGUUGUGCGCUCUGUGAGGCCCUGCUUCACACAGGCCGCCUUCCUCAAAAGCAAGUACUGGUCCCACUAUAUCGACAUCGAGCGCAAGCUCUUCGAUGAGACAUGCACGGAGCACGCCAAGGCCUUCGCCAAGGUCUGCAUCCAGCAGUUCUUCGAGGCUAUGAACCAUGACCUGGAGUUGGGUCAUGCCCACGGGGCACUGGCCAUGGCCCCUGCUGGCUCGGCUGCCCCAGGGACCACAGAUGGGGCUGAAGAGGAGAGGGAGAAGCUGCGUGGCAUCACGGAUCAAGGCACCAUGAACAGGCUGCUGGCGAGCUGGCACACAUGCAAGCCGCCCUUGCGGCUGGGCCAGGAGGAGCCCCUGAUGGGCAAUGGCUGGGCGGGGGGCGGGCCCCGGCCUCCACGCAAGGAGGCGGCCACCUACAUCAGCAGAGUAUGA